AUGUCGGCUCGGGCGUCUCGAAGGGGGAACACAGCGGCGUACGGUGCGUUGCCCGGUGCCCCUAUCUCGGAAAUACGUACACGAAAAUGGACAAAGGAGGUGGCGACGAAUCCUACUGAAGCAUUGCAAAAAGGAGCAUUCAAGAAGUCGAAAGGUGAGGAGGCUGGGCGCAAGCGUGGAGCAGGGGAAGUGGGUCGUAUGACGCGUAGUGUACGCCAGCAUUUAGACGCACCCUUGGAGCUGCUAUCGGAAUACCCCGUGCGUGUCCACACGUCACGUUACUCGUCACCCGCUCGUACGACGAUGGCGUUAUCCGCUCCAGCGUCUGUGCCCAUGUCAUCCCCUGAUACAAAUCUAGUGGCUGCUGCUUCUUAUCCUGCCGAUCAAGCCUCAGGUGUAUCUACUGUAACGAUAGCUGCGCAAGGGCAGAUUGAGCAAAAGCAGCCGGAGGCUGCUCUUACUGCUCAGCAAGUAACACAACCAACGCACCGAGUCGCUGCUACCGUAGUUAAAGCUGAAGCUGCAAUAACUGCCCCUACAACGACUGCAGCACCUGAUUUAACGCUUCAGAUGAUGCCACCAGUGUCUAACCAAUUGAUGGUUAACGUGCCAUCGGACGAACAACUGGAGAUGGUUCUGGACGAUCUGCCCAUGCUCGAUGCAGACGAUAGCUUUGAUUUGGAUGCGUUAGACCCUUCUUUCUUACCGACUCCUGUACCGAGAGGGACUCAAGCGACAAGCGGCAUGCAUUCUAGUAGUGCUGAUUUGAAGCAGCAGUCGGCUGAAGACUCGUUGGCCUCGCUUAGUGAAGACAACGCAUCAGGCAACUCGGGCUCGUCGAUGCCGUCGGUUUCCCCGCAGUCUUCGCCUCGAGUGAUGUCUCGCUCUUCGUCACCAUAA